AUGCCCAUCCGCAACCCAUUCCGCCGCGCAGGCGUGCCUGAAGUCGUCGACGAAAACCAGCGGACUUCGGCGGAAAAUGGAUUCAAGGACACGACCGUCUCGGGUGCAACGCCCCUGCAAGUCAAGGAUCCUGCAGAAUACAAACUGAGUGGUGAGGAUGAAGCCAUAUGCGCCGCAGAGCACUGCCAGCCGUCACCCCAGCAGGAGAAGCCCGCCUUUUGGCACUCCAAGUCCAACAUCUCUACAACAUCCUCAAACCACCGAAGUCUGCUUAGCGAGAAUGAGCCCUUCAGCAUCUCGCGCGAGAGCUUCGACUCAUACAGGAGGUCCUUCGAUAUUUCUGCUCGGUCUCCUAUGCAAGACUGCGGCAAUGAGACAUACCCACGUCAAUCGCUCGAUGCCCGGCGAUCAGUUGAUACACGACGCUCGCUCGAUGUCCGCCGUUCGCGCGCUACGCCCCGCUCUUCGAUGCAGCAACAUCGCGAUAGCACGGACCAGCCCGCCGUGCCAGAAGAGGGGUUCGAAGAUGUGGGGUUGAACGACGAGCCUAAGCCCCUUCCCCAGAAAAAGCGUGGCCUCUUUUCGCGCUUUGGCGACAACAACCAUGCAGACGAGAAGAAGACGGAAGAGCGCCCGACAUCGAGCCACCACUUCUCUCUGACCGGCCGCAAACGGGCCGAGAGCGGUACAGGCUCGGAAUUGAAGCCCAUGCCCCGGCCGUCGACUGAGGUCCCUGUUGAGACACGGUCGUAGCGGUGAAUGAUUAGAUGAAGGAGUGUACUAUUACCAACGAGUUCACUGACGAUUUGGAUGUAUUGCGCUUGGGCGGCAUCGCGGCGUUUUGGGGGAUAUCCGUUUGGCAGCAUUACCCACAUAGAGCAUUUGGUAUCGCGGGUUUAGAGCUGCGUCACGAUCGCUACUACGAUGAAGGACAAGGGCCCUGUCUUUGAUCAUCGAGGCACUUGAGCAAGUGCCGCAUAUAAUACUAAGUUGUAAUUCAUCAG